UGUAAAUCGCCAUGCUAGGUCGGCUGCUGAGCCCGCGCCGCUCCCGCCAAUUCCACCGCCUCGCGAGCAACGGCAAGAUAACCCUCCUCUGCCUCUUCCUCACCGUCGUUACGCUCCGCGAAGAUCUCGGCGCCGGAAAAUCCGGCACGCCGGAGAAGGAUCUCGACGAGAUCCGCGAUACCUCUUCCUACAUCCGCCGCCGCGCCGAGCCCCGCCGGGUUUUGGAAGACGUUCCGGUGACCACUCAAGGGCGGCGGAGCAAGGAUACCUACGUAAGCGGGAGCAAUAGCUACGCCGAUUUCGACAUAACUAAGAUUCUGAAGGACGACGACGAUGGUGUCGAUGAAUUUCAACGGGAUCCAUCUCAGCCGUACAGCCUCGGCCCGAAGAUAUCGAAUUGGGAUUCUCAGAGAAGCCAAUGGCUAAAAAAGAACCCUAAUUCCCCAAAUUUCAUCGCCGAGAACAAACCUAGGGUUCUUCUAGUCACCGGCUCCUCCCCUAAACCCUGCGAGAAUCCGGUGGGUGAUCAUUACUUGCUGAAAUCAAUCAAGAACAAAAUCGACUACUGCAGGCUCCACGGAAUCGAGAUUUUCUACAACAUGGCUUUACUCGACGCCGAAAUGGCCGGAUUUUGGGCGAAACUGCCGUUGAUUAGGAAGCUUCUAUUGUCACAUCCGGAGGUGGAGUUUUUGUGGUGGAUGGAUAGUGACGCAAUGUUCACCGACAUGGCUUUUGAGGUGCCGUGGGAGAGGUACAAAGACCACAACUUUGUGAUGCAUGGGUGGAACCACAUGGUAUACGAACACAAAAACUGGAUCGGUUUAAACACAGGUAGUUUCUUGCUAAGGAAUUGUCAAUGGUCUUUGGAUAUUCUCGACACGUGGGCCCCAAUGGGGCCCAAGGGGAAGAUCAGGGAGGAAGCAGGGGAGAUUCUUACUCGAGAGCUCAAAGAUCGGCCGGUUUUCGAAGCGGACGAUCAGUCGGCGAUGGUGUAUAUAUUGGCGACGCAGAAGGAGAAAUGGGGGGAUAAGGUUUAUCUCGAGAAUUGGUAUUUCUUGCACGGUUAUUGGGGGAUUUUGGUGGAUAAAUUCGAGGAGAUGAUUGAGAAUUAUCAUCCGGGGCUCGGCGACCAUAGGUGGCCUCUGGUGACUCACUUUGUCGGGUGCAAGCCUUGUGGGAAAUUUAAAGAUUAUUAUUCAGUUGAGAAGUGCUUGAAGCAGAUGGAUCGUGCGUUUAAUUUCGGGGAUAAUCAGAUUCUGCAAAUGUAUGGAUUCACUCAUAAGUCGUUGGAGAGUAAGAGAGUGAAAAGAGUGAGGAACGAGACGAGUAAUCCUCGUGAAGUGAGAGACGAGCUUGGGUUGCUUCACCCUGCGUUUAAAGCUGCGAAGAUGUAAAUCGGACCGGGCAUCGUUUGGCUGCCGAGAUUGGAGCGCCAAGAUAAGAUAACCCAAUUGUGUAAAUGGACUAUAGCUCGUCUUUUCCGCAAUUCGCAGACGACCCGAAAGUUAUUGGACUGACCAAACAUCGACUAAGGUCUAAAUAUUUAUU